AUGGGGGGUUGCAUGUCCAUUGCCAACAAAAAAGUACUCAAGAAAGUCAGGAACAACGUCAAGCCCAUAACCUCACUAGACCAAGAUCACGAAACCGCAAAACUACAUGCGGACGCAAAAUCCGGCCGACCGGUGAAUGUGAACGUACUCUGGGAGUCCUCCGGAGCCGAGAUCUACCGGCGGUAUCGGUUCGGAAAGGAGCUUGGGAGAGGUGAGUUCGGGGUGACGUAUGAAUGUCAAGACAAGGAGAGUGGGGAGAAGGUGGCAUGCAAGAAGAUAUCGAAGAGCAGGUUGCGGACGGAGAUCGAUGUUGAGGAUGUAAGAAGGGAGGUUGAUAUUAUGAGACAUUUGCCAUCGCACCCGAAUAUCGUGAGGUAUAAAGACGUGUUUGAGGACAAAGAGGCGAUUUAUUUGGUGAUGGAACUUUGUGAGGGUGGUGAGUUGUUUGAUAGGAUCGUUGCGAAAGGUCAUUAUACCGAACGAGCUGCUGCUCUCGUUACCAAAACCAUCGUUGAAGUUGUCCAGGUAUGCCAUAAACAUGGGGUAAUACAUCGGGAUUUGAAGCCGGAAAACUUCCUAUACGUGGGGCGAGAUGAAAACGCUUCUUUAAAAGCGAUUGAUUUCGGUCUUUCUAUCUUUUUCGAACCAGAGCAACGUUUCAGGGAAAUAGUGGGAAGCCCAUAUUACAUGGCCCCGGAAGUUCUUAGACGGAAUUAUGGAGCAGAAGUUGAUGUGUGGAGUGCUGGUGUCAUUCUAUAUAUAUUAUUGUGUGGAGUUCCUCCUUUUUGGGCAGAAACUGAAGAAGGAAUUGCACAGGCGAUUAUUAAGGGUGACGUGAAUUACCGAAGAGACCCUUGGCCUCGUGUCUCCCAAGAUGCCAAAAGUCUCGUGAAGGCCAUGUUAGAACCCAUUCCACAAAAACGCCCAACGGUCCAACAAGUCCUUGGAAGCCAAUGGAUACAACAUGCCCAUAAUGCCCCUGAUAUUCCUUUGGGAGAACAAGUUCGAGCCAGAAUCCAACAGUUCUCUCUAAUGAACAAGUUCAAAAAGAAAGUCAUCAGUUUGGUAGCGGAAAACUUACCCGACGAACAGAUAAAUGGAUUAAAAAAGAUGUUCCACGACAUGGACAAAGACAAGAACGGUGCACUCACUUUCCAAGAGCUCAAAGACGGUCUAAGCUCGAACAAGGAUCAACCCAUCGACGAUCCCGAUAUUAAAAUGUUCAUGGAAGCCGCCGAUCUUGAUCACAAUGGGGUGCUGAACUGCGAGGAGUUUCUAACAAUGGUGGUGCACUUGAAAAAGAUUAGCAACGAAGAUCAACUCCGACAAGCUUUCCACCAUUUCGACAGAAAUCGAAAUGGCUACAUCGAGUUUGACGAGUUGAAAGAAUGUUUGUUCGACGGCCAUCUGAAUCCACAUAACGAGAAAAUGGUCCAUGAAAUCAUAGUCGAUGCCGACCUUGACAAGGAUGGUCGAAUCAGUUACCCAGAAUUCGCAGCGAUGAUGACGACGGGAAUAGAUUGGAAAAUGGCUUCUCGACGGUACUCGAGAGCGAUGCUUAAUGCAAUUAGCAUGAAGAUGUUCAAAGACCCGUAGGUAAAAUCAAGAAACCCAAUGGGCUAUGUUUUCUAGUGGUAUUUAUUUGUGAUGUGACGAAAAACAGCUUAAAA